AUGGGAGCCAACACCAGCCAGGUCAGUGAGCUGUCUGAUAACUCCAGCCUCAGGUCACUGGUGGGCACCGAGUCCAUAUCAGAGAAUGACCCCUUCUGGAAUCAGCUCAUCUCUUUCACAUUUAUCAGCCCAACCAGCAGCGGAGAGUCCAAGUUACUGGAAGAGGCUGUUAUUCCCUUGGCCAAGAAACUCAUUGAAAAUAAUCCCAGAACGGGGAAUUUUGGUGCCCUUGUAAAAGUUUUUCUGGGAAGAACAAAAGAGCUGAAAAUCUCGACAGAAUGCCAAGAUCAGUUGUUCAUCUGGCAGGCUCACAAUGCUCUCCUCAUGAUUCGCUGCCUCCUCAAGGUGUUCAUCAGAGAGAUGAGUGAAGAAGAGCUGCACCAGCAGUUCUCUUACCAGGAGAGGGCACCAGGCUACUGUGGAGCAGAGACGGAGAGUGAGGACCUCCUCGAGGAGCUAUUGUCCAACCUUGUACAUCUGAUUGUUGAAGUUCCCCUGCUAGACAUCACCUACAGCAUCCUGUUUGAAGCUGUGACCACGUUACUGGUAUUCUUCUCCUAUCAACUCUUCCACAAAGACAUUCUUCGGGAUGGAUUAAUUUAUCAGCACAUCCUAAAGGGACGAUGUCUGUGUUUGACCAGUCGAUUAGUGAAGACCCUGCUCUACAACUUCAUCCGGCAGGAGAAGUGCCCUCCACCUGCAACUCACAUUUUUGAGCCCAAAGCUGAAGGUGGCCUGCUUUAUGGUCUGGCAUCCGGGGUGGCAAGCGGACUUUGGAGUGUCUUCACAUUGGGUGGAGUGGGCAGUAAAGCUGGGAUAGACCAGGAACACAACCCCUUACCUUUAUCCAGCCAGAGCCUUCUGUUACUGCUGGUGCUGGCCAAUCUGACAGAUGGGCCCGAUUGGCCCAAUCCUUACCGCCAGGCUAUCACUUGCUUCAGAAACACACAAGACACAUCGUCCCUGCCUGCGGAGCACCCUCACACUUUCCAGAUCAAUUUCAACAGUCUGUACACGGCUCUGUGUGAACAGCAGCGCUCUGACCAAGCCACGCUACUACUGUACACCCUGCUGCACCAGAAUGCCAACAUGAGGACAUACAUGCUGUCAAGAACUGACAUGGACAAUCUGGUGAUGCCCAUCCUUGAAAUCCUUUACCAUGUAGAGGAAAGAAACUCUCAUCAUGUCUACAUGGCCCUCAUUAUUCUCCUCAUCCUUACAGAGGAUGAUGCCUUCAACCGAUCCAUCCAUGAGGUGGUCUUGAAGAACAUCACAUGGUACACAGAGAGGUCGUUGACAGAGAUUUCUCUUGGCAGUUUGCUCAUCCUGGUGGUCAUCCGCACCAUCCAGUUCAACAUGACACGGACAAGAGAUAAGUACCUACACACCAACUGUCUGGCCGCGCUUGCCAACAUGUCAGCCCAGUUUCGAUGUCUCCACCAGUAUGCUGCCCAGCGCAUCAUCAGUUUAUUUGCUUUGCUUUCCAAAAAGCACAACAAGGUUUUGGAGCAGGCAACACACUCUCUGAGAGGCAGACAGGGAGACAACACAGCCCUGCCAGACUAUGCCCAGGACCUGAAUGUUAUUGAGGAGGUGAUCCGCAUGAUGCUGGAAAUCAUCAACUCUUGCCUGUGCAACUCUUUACACCACAACCCCAACCUGGUGUACGCGCUGCUCUACAAGAGAGAGCUCUUUGAGCAGUUCAGGACGCACCCAUCCUUCCAGGACAUCAUGCAGAACCUCGACACGGUUAUUGGAUUCUUCAGUCAGCGUCUGGAGCAGGCUGGAAGUGACCUGUCAGUUGAGAGAGUUCAAGAGGUCAUCAUGAAAGGAGCCCAAGCCUUGCCUAAAGACCGACUGAAGAAGUUCCCAGAGCUCAAGUUUAAGUAUGUGGAGGAGGACCAGCCGGAGGACUUCUUCAUCCCGUACGUGUGGUCCCUUGUUUUCAACUCGGGGGUCGGCCUCUACUGGAACCCGCAAGGCAUCGAGUUGUUCAGCAUGGACUCGGGCUGA